AUGAUGACCCCCGAAAAUCAGAGUUAUGAACGAAGGGUAAUCAUCGGCCUCCUCAGUCGUGUCGGCUUUCGCGAACAGUUCUGGCAUAACAAAAUCCAGUCCUACUUCGUUAUCUUAUCAUUCCUGCUGACAAUCGAUAAUGUUACUUACUUCUUCCUCUUCACACGUAUAUUUGGAUUAUGGUGGGUGGUACCUUACGCGGUUUGCAUGCUCGUCGUGGGAUUUCCAUUAGCCUAUCUGGAAAUGGCUCUUGGUCAGUACACAUCAACCGGAAUCUUUCUCGUGUUCGACCGCAUGACACCUGCUUUUGUUGGUGUUGGUGUGAGCGCAUUAAUAUUCAAUUUCCUCCUAUCAUGCACAGACCAUAUGUUAUUCGCGGAUAUGUCUGCGGUUGCCAUGCACGCUAUGUAUAUCUUGUCUAACGAAAUGCCAUGGUCAAACUGCCUUGGUCAGGAUCACACGAAAGGUGUUGGUGUGAGCGCAUUAAUAUUCAAUUUCCUCCUAUCAUGCACAGACCAUAUGUUAUUCGCGGAUAUGUCUGCGGUUGCCAUGCACGCUAUGUAUAUCUUGUCUAACGAAAUGCCAUGGUCAAACUGCCUUGGUCAGGAUCACACGAAAGGUGAGCAUCGUACAAAGAAGGAAAUCUUGUCACCUACACAAUCUGUAACAUCGCGAAUGAGCGCAAGGAUUUGCGGAGGACGUUAA